AGACGCGGAAGUUGUGACACAACACGAUCUACUCAAACGUGCGCAGCUGCUGAAGCUUCGACAUCUAGAAAGUUCCCGAACAACCGUUUACACCGCGAGCGACGACCCCACAGCGCAGGUGAACAGUUCCUCCGCCCGAAGCGAAACGGAUUAAACUCGACGCGUGACAAUGUCUGUGAUCUCCGAGGAGAGCGUGCGAGGCGGCAGCGUCUUCAAAGACCUCAGCGCCGACGACGAGGACUGGCAGCCCUCCGAGAUCGAGAGCCUGUGUAUGAACUGCUACGAGAACGGCUCCACCCGCCUGCUGCUCACCCGGAUCCCCUUCUUCAAGGAGGUCAUCGUCAGCUCCUUCCGCUGCGAGCACUGCAACUGGUCCAACACCGAGAUCCAGUCCGCGGGCCGGAUCCAGGACCAGGGCGUGUGCUACACCCUCAAGGUCCGAACCAAGAACGACCUGGACCGGGAGGUGGUGAAGGCGGACUCCGCCACCACCAGGAUCCCCGAGCUGGAUUUUGAGAUCCCCCCCUUCACCCAGAAGGGCUCGCUCUCCACCAUCGAGGGGCUGCUGGACCGGGCGGUCGCAGGGCUGGAGCAGGACCAAGCUGUCAGGCGGGCCGAUCACCCCGAGGUGGCCGAGAAGAUCGAGGAGUUCAUCCGGAAGCUGAAGAAGCUGAAGGAUGUCGAGAGCGAGUUCACUCUGGUGAUCGAGGACCCGUCCGGCAACAGCUUUGUGGAGAACCCGCAGGCCCCUCAGAAGGACGAGGCCCUCACCUUGUCCUGGUUCAAGCGGACGAUGCAGCAGGAGAUGCAGCUGGGCAUCAGGGCCGACGACGACCUGGAAGAGGAGCCAGCAGGCAACGACCUGGACACCAUGAGGAACGAGGUGCUGGUCUUCAACACCAACUGCCCAGAAUGCAACGCGCCCGCCUCCACCAACAUGAAGCUGGUCCAGAUCCCUCACUUCAAGGAGGUCAUCAUCAUGGCCACCAACUGCGACAGCUGCGGCCACCGGACCAACGAGGUGAAGUCGGGGGGCGCCACGGAGGACCAGGGCUCCAAGAUCACCCUGCACAUCACCGACCCCUCGGACAUGAGCCGAGACCUGCUCAAGUCGGAGACGUGCUUCGUCCUCAUCCCGGAGCUGGACUUUGAGCUGGGGAUGGCGGCGCUCGGCGGGAAGUUCACCACCCUGGAGGGGCUGCUGAAAGACAUCAAGGACCUGAUCGUCUCCAAGAACCCCUUCAUUUGCGGCGACAGCGUGGCCUCCGACCGGACGUCCAAGCUGGUCGAGUUCGGAGAGAAGAUAGAGGACGUUAUCGCGGUGAGAAGGGACGUCCACCUCAUCCUGGACGACCCGGCAGGGAACAGCUACAUGCAGAACGUGUACGCCCCUGAUCCUGACCCCGAGAUGACUUACGAGCGGUACACUCGCACGGCUGAGCAGAAUUCAGAUCUCGGUCUGGACGGCAUGAAGACGGAGGGGUACCAGGAAGAGGAGUCAACAGCCAGCACUGACUGAAUGGACUGACCAAGUCGUUAAAUGACGUCUUGAUAGAAACCUUGUGUAUUUAUCUUACUCCAUAUUUUCUGUCAUUUUCAGACACUUUAAGUUGAAUUUAAUGACUGGGCCGAGAGGUUGUGUUUAUCGAGCAGUUAAGGGAAUUCUGAGUUACCCCGAAUGCAUCGUAUGUAAAAAUAAUAAUAAAAACACAUCAGUAACCUAAUUUGUACAAUAACACAGCCAAGCUGUUGAUAAAGGUGUUUAUUUGCAUUCUCGUUUCCUCCCAGAAGAUGGCGCACUGCCCUCACCUUUCUUUCAGAGGACCACACGCUGUGUGACCAAAGUAAUCUUCUUAUUCACCUGCGAGCAUGAGAUUGUCUAAAUAAAGCGAAAUCGUAAUUGAUACUUUAGCUGUGCUCUUUGAUUUUGGCAGAUGUUGAAAGACGCCAGAUUAGUUUUGCGUUUUAGGUUUAAAAGACACAUUUUCUGCUCUAAUCUGUAUAAUUAGUCAGAAAAGCCGGAAUUUUCAUUUCUCUGUGAUUAGACUUCAAAAAACCAAAUGCUUCUAAAAAAAAAUUGGGUGUUUGUGUGGAUUUAUUGAAAAAGUGUGUUAUCGUGUUGGUGUAAAUAAAAACUCAGACUGCUUUAACUAUCAAA